AUGGUAGAUACUAACUCCGAAAAACCAAAAAUAGUGAAUCUUUCUAACCUAAACCUGUCGACACCACAAAUAAAAAUCCUUUCAAGAGGACUAAAAUUCAUCCCAACUCCAACUCCGCAAUACCCUAACCUGAGGGAAAUACAGGAUGACAUCUCGCACUUUUGCAGAAAAUUACGCCUCACAGAGGAAUUUUUUGACAGGAAAACUAAUAAUAACGACGAAUCAAUGAUCUGUAACAAAAGCAACUAUAAUCCCAUAAAAGGCAAAAACAAAACCUUAGACAAAUUUUGCGAUUACAUCUCCAACUUCCCUUAUGGUGAACUCCCACAACCUAAACUCAAACCCAACACCAGUAAAAGAGAAUGGGAAAUCAUCCAUACGCUACGACACAAUCAUGACGUCACAAUAAGGGAAGCUGAUAAGGGUAGUACGAUCGUUGUUAUGAAUACUGAGCAAUAUAAAAACUCUGUAUCUCUCCUUUUAGAGAAUACCACAUACUAUGAAAGAGUAGUCGACUACCAGCAAUCCAAAACAAUGACCAAUCUGAAGGCACCAGAAUGA